AUGGAGCAGAAGCGGUCGAGGUUGGAGAUCCAGGCACUUUCGGUCGAGCAGACAAUACCUCGCAAUUCCACCAGCAAUGCCGCCCUCGAAGCCACCAUCAAAAGUGCCGAGCUGUACCUUCAAGCCCUCCGCCUCGCCGACAAGCCUGCCGAUCGAAAGAGAAUCGAUGCAAAGUGUAAGCAACUCUUAGCACAGGCGGAGCGGCUCAAAUCAAGUCAAGAUGCCAUUACUUCCCCAGAACGAAAAGAACGGUCGAUCGGGACCCUCAAAGCUCCCGCGCCAUCUCGCAAACUCACAACAAGAGAGAAUAUCAUUCUCCUAGAAGGCGCCAAACUACACGGCUUCGUCUUCAAGCCAUGGACUAGCGCCCCUUCUCUUGAUGAAUUCCAGCUGGAAGAUGGCGGACAGCCUUUCGUUGAUUCCACUCCUCUUCCUCUGUCUUCGACGCAACUAGGGUCGUUCGACGGCUGGAAGCGGCCACAUGAAGCCCUGUCUCAUCUUACAGUCAAUGGAAAAGAGCAAAUGUCAUCUAGCAAAGCCAUAAUGCACUUGACCGAGGCGAUGGAUCUUGUCCAGGACAUGACAUCGGACUGUUCAGUGGUUGCAAGCUUAUGCGCAGCCACGUCCAGAGUAGAACGUGGUCACCCAAAGAUUCUUCGUUCAAUCGUGCAUCCGUAUGACUACGAAAACGACCGCAUCUCCCUCUCACCCAAUGGAAAGUACGUUCUCAAGCUGUAUUUCAAUGGCUGCUGGAGACGGGUCGAGAUCGACGAUUAUCUCCCUACAUCCAAGACUUCGAGAGUGCUUCACGUCAUCGACCGCCGUCACCCAGGGCUACUUUGGCCGGCGUUGGUUGAAAAGGCCUAUUUGAAAGUGCGAGGCGGUUACGACUUUCCCGGAAGCAAUUCUGGUACGGACCUUGCAGUACUGACCGGAUGGAUACCGCAGCAAAUCUUUCUCCACGAUGAGGGCGUCGAAGCGGACCAUCUUUGGGAAGAAAUCGUCACGAAUUUUCGGAAUGGCGAUGUCUUAAUCACAAUUGGAACCGGGAAAGUACCCCGGCGUGAGCAGAAGCAUUUGGGACUUGCAGCAGAACACGACUAUGCGAUUCUUGACUUGACUUCAGAAGGUGCCACAAGGGAAAUGCUGGUCAAGAACCCGUGGGCUGAUGGUGAUGUGUGGCGAGGCGCAGCGAGAAGGAGGCCGAAUCGAGAUGGCGAUGAUGCUGACGAUACCACAACUGGAAGCAACGGAAUGAUGCCAGGUACCUUCUGGAUGGAUUUUAACAAUGUGUUGCAGUACUUCGAAAACAUGUACAUCAAUUGGAACCCUGGUCUGUUCUCGCACCGGGAAGACCUUCACUUUUCGUGGCAACAAGCCCGUCAGUCCGGAUCGAUGGACAGUAUCCUGGUCGACAACCCACAAUUCGCCGUCACGACCUCUGCUGACGGCGAGCUGUGGUUACUAGUGAAUCGCCACUUUCGGACGGGAGAUUAUAGCCAAGCAACUGCCGGAAAGAACGGGUAUAUAAGUCUAUACUUGUAUUCUCGCGACGGGCACAGGGUGGUCUCCAGCGAAGGUGCGAAGCUGCGUGGACCAUUUGUGGAUUCCCCAAAUACGUUACUGAGGUUCAAGGCCACUGCCCGGGCCAUCUACACCGCAGUGGUUGUCGCUCAAGAUCUGCCGGCUGGAAAGCUAAACUUCACCAUCUCAGCCUUCUCCAAGAGCCCCGUCGUGUUGUCUGACGCUCAGCUCAGAUACUCGCAAAAGCACAGCCUACAGUCAGCCUGGACGAGGACAAACGCUGGAGGCAAUUCAGAUUCGCCAGACUAUCUCUCUAAUCCUCAGUUCCGAUUCUCUCUCAACGCACCACAAAAGAUCGCGUUAGUCCUUCGUGUUGCCGAGCAAGUCGGAGACAAGUCCGCUGAGGCUGAUAUCCAUGUCAAAAUCUUGGUUGUCUACAGCGAUGGUUCCAGGAUCACCCGUCUACGGCCCCGAGACGUGCUUGCACAUUCAGGCGACUACCGUCGAGUAAGCGCUGUGGUCGAGACAGAACUCGAGCGUGGCACCUACACGGUGAUAUGCUCGACAUUCGACCGUCACCAGUACGCCAAUUUCAGCCUUGGUCUGUACUCAUCCUCAUCGUCAGACUCGCGGGCUUCAUUCACCCAGCUUCCCGCGGACGGAAGCGGGCGGCUGAGCGUGAAAAGCUCUCCAGCUGUCUUCAGCAAUGGCGCGAAUCGACUUCUAGCGCCUUUGAUGGUGUCGAGGAUGAGCCGGAUGACUUUUGUCGCGCGCCAUAACACUGGUAGCCGCGGUGGCAGUGCUGCGGCAGCGCACAACUCUUUAUUCAAGAUGACCUUGGAACAAGGUCAAGGCCCGUACAAAAACAUCAUUGCGAGCAGUGAGGGCGACCACGACGAGUUCGCCACUGUGGCCUCAGGUUUGAGAGUGGAGGAUGUCGAUUUGCAGCCUUCCAUGGGCGGGCCUGGGACUGGUGGGUUGUGGCUGGUCCUGGAGCGACUGCCGCAAGGGGGGCACGACCCGGAAGAGUGCUCUAGAGAUGAAGUUCUGGCGGUGGAGAUCUUUACCGACGAGAGAGUCGAGCUUGGUCCCUGGGGACUGGGAGAUGGCUGA